UCCCGAGUCAUGGCUGGUUAUUACAAAACAUUCACUCGUGGCUUGUGUAACCCGCUUGUUCAGCUGUUUGGUAACCAGCAAAAAAUUCCUGACUUAAGUGGGCACAAGUCAGACCGUAACAUUAGGUUCGUGGCAUUGUUCUAUAUGAACAGUUCGUUCAUUACGAGAUGAACGUUAAACGGACGAUAGCCGGAGCGGCCGAUAACAUUGCCUCUUUAAGUAACACGUUACAACAACUGGUGUUAGGUGGAGAGGAUCCAGGAGGGUUCUUCGGUAUUUGUGUAUCUUCCAUGGGACACAGCGAAACCCUGUCGGUCUUUCCAUCCCUCAUUCAACCUUUGGCUUCCGUGGACCCCUCUCAACACUCCACGCUCAUCGCCAUUUAUGUGGAAUACUUCUCAAAAGAUGAAGAAGAUGAGCUAGAAGUUGCUCUGGCGCUCUCCCUACUUGACGUCAAGCCCCAGCAGAAGCCCGCCUGCAGACCGGAGCCUAGACCGCCCGUCUGGCAGGGAGGGUACCCAGCUAAGGUUGGGGGUUCGAUUCCGGGGGGUGCCACCAAGUCUAAAACCACAACCCUCCCUGGACUCAGCUACGCACAAUCAGCAGCUACAGGUGGGAGAGGACGCAGACCCAGCGAGAACCUACCGAAGACGGGCUCCGGGGUCCCGUCUAGUACCCCACCCACACACCCCUCCAGAGGCCGUGCCCCCCUCCCCACGGACACACACUCGACCACGUCGCAGACAACUAGACACAAACACGUCCCCGGGCUGCCUGCCCCUCCCACCUUCCACCAGAGUGACCGGCGGCAGGACGCUGUUAACGACGACGCCCGCGACCCAUUGGACACGGAGGGGACCUGCCCUGACCAAUCGCAGAAGCCCAAGCGCUCGAAAAACCGGCGUCAGCGCGGAAAGGGGUGUGGCCAGCGUGCGGUGGUGGGGCUGCCUCACUCACCUUCGGCCACGCCCCCUGUGCUGUUGUGGCUCCGCCGGGACCUCAGGCUCCACGACAACCCCGCUCUGAUUGGCUCGCUGCAGGCGGGCGCGCCGGUCGUCCCCGUCUUCAUAUGGAGCCCCGAGGAGGAGGAGGGGCCGGGGGUAACCAUGGCAACCGGAGGGGCAUGUCGGUACUGGCUCCACCAGGCCCUGGCGUGUCUCCAGGGGGCUCUGCAGCUUCUGGGCAGUCACCUGGUGCUCCUGAAGGCCGACCCGGGCUCCUCUCUGGGGGCCCUCCUGGGCCUGGUGGGGGAGACGGGCGCGCGCACGGUGCUGGCCACGGCGCUGUACGAGCCCUGGCUGAGGGAGCGGGACCAGCGCGUGGAGGCCGGGCUGCGGCGGGCCGGCGUGGCGUGGCGGAUGGUGCACUCCUACUGCCUCCGGGACCCUUAUUCCGUCAGCACCCAGGGGGUGGGGCUGAGAGGCCUCGGCUCGGUGUCCCACUUCAUCAGCUGCUGUGAGCAGAACCCGGGCCCCGCGUUGGGCCCCAGCCUCGACCCGCCCGUUUCCAUGCCGACCCCAUCCCAGUGGCCCCCGGGGGACCCCCUCGAUGCGCUCGGCCUGGCGCGCAUGCCACGCAGGAAGGACGGCACCGUGAUUGACUGGGCGGCCAACAUCCGCGCCUCGUGGGACUUCAGCGAGCAGGGGGCUCACGCACGUUUAGAGGCCUUUCUGCAAGAUGGCGUGUACCGGUACGAGAAGGAGUCCGGACGGGCCGAUUCCCCCAACACCAGUUGUCUGUCUCCCUACCUCCACUGGGGGCAGAUCAGUCCACGCUGGUUAUUAUGGGAUGCCAAAAGUGCACGGUGCAGACCCCAAAAGUUCCAGCGCAAACUGGCCUGGAGGGACCUGGCGUACUGGCAGCUGUCCCUGUUCCCCGCCCUUCCCUGGGAGUCUCUGCGGCCGGCGUACAAGGCUCUCAGGUGGAGCAGUGACCGGGGCCACCUGAAGGCGUGGCAGCGGGGCCGGACAGGCUACCCCCUGGUGGACGCCGCCAUGAGGCAGCUGUGGCUGACCGGCUGGGUCAACAACUACAUGAGACACGUGGUCGCGUCCUUCCUCAUAGCUUACCUGCAUCUGCCCUGGCAAGAGGGGUACCUCUGGUUCCAGGACACUCUGUUGGACGCCGACGUGGCGAUCGACGCCAUGAUGUGGCAGAACGGGGGCAUGUGCGGCCUGGACCACUGGAACUUCGUGAUGCACCCGGUCGAUGCAGCCCUGACCUGUGACCCCGGUGGCAGUUACGUCAGGAAAUGGUGUCCUGAGCUUGCAGCGCUGCCCGAUGACAUCAUCCACAAACCCUGGAGAUGCCCCGCCUCCAUACUGCGGCGUGCAGGUGUCGCUUUUGGACAUACCUACCCCGAGCCCAUCGUCACAGACCUGGAGGCGCGGAGGGGCCAGUCCCUGCAGGACGUGGCGCAGGUACGGAGCACGUUGAGCGAGUACGUGGACGAGCGUAGCGGCUGUGACCUGGUCCCGCUGCCCCCCCGCCUGGUCGCCGAGGCCCUGGGCUCAGCGGGGGGCGACCAGCUCAGGACCGGCGGGGAGCAGUUCCUCCUGCCCGUCAUCACCCGCAUGGAGUUCAAGCACCGACGGGGCGACCCCGGCGAGGACGCCGCCUCCAACCCCUACGACGCCGUGCUGAAGGGCUACGUGAACCGCAAGCGCGACGAGACCGUGGCCUUCCUCAACCAGCGGGACUUCUCUGCCAGCGUGAUGAACGAGGGGGCGCAGCGAAGGGAGAGGCUGGACAGCGACAUGCGGAUACUAGAGGGACUCCCCCGAGCUCCCCCCGGCCGGGGAAGAGCCAGGCCAACUCCCGCGGCCCAGGGCCAAACCUCGUAGAGCCAGGCCAACUCCCGCGGCCAAGGGCCAAUCCUCGUAGAGCCAGGCCAACUCCCGCGGCCCAGGGCCAAACCUCGUAGAGCCAGGCCAACUCCCGCGGCCAAGGGCCAAUCCGCGUAGAGCCAGGCGCCGUGGGUGACUCCGGGGUGACUCCGGGGAGAUAGGAGGCAGGCUACUGUAGAGGCUAGGGUGCUCGUCUCCCAGCCCAAUGGGUACCGGGUUCGGCUCCCCAACCCCUUGCGGUAGGCCUCUGAGAUGGACAGCUUCUCCUUAACGAGUAUGACUUCACAGGCCACUUUGAAAAGAGUCUGCCGUAUGACUGAAGUUCAAUAAUAUAUCCACCAGGCAGUUGAUGGAUGGGAUCAAAGUAAGGGAGUUGAACAGAUUGGCCAUUCUCUUGCCAUUGGGCCUGAAACCAAUGCAUACAUUUUUCUCCAUGUCCUCAUCUUACUUUAAAAUAGACUUGGCUUUAAAAUGAUUCGUCAUCUGAACCAGGGUGAAGAUAAUUGGUGCAGUAAAGAUUAUCCAUCGACAAUGA